GAGAAUAAGUGAGUGAAGUCCAGUUUAACUGUAAACACUGUGUUUAUGUUGAAAUAGUAGAGAAUAAGUGAGUGAAGUCCAGUUUAGCAUUACUUUUGAAGUCACAGUAGUUACAGAAGCAGAUGUGAGAUGACUCAUUAUCCUGGACUUUAAAGCUUGGCUUGGACUAAGUCAUGUUACUAACAGAGUCGACCAGACAGAACCUUCUCCUGGUGGUCACGGUUCUGGCCCUAAUCUGUUUCUUCUCCUCCUUUCUACUGUUUGUGUGUGCCGCCUAUGUGAAGAUCACCAUCGACUCUCAAAUGAAGAUGUUAGAGACAUAUAACAGUGACGUACUUCCGGCCAUCUUCAUCUUCGUUGGAAUAGUCAACUUGCUUCAGAACGUCGCCGUGGUCUUUGUUUCUUACAGGCUGAUGAACUUAGACACAAGGGAUCAAUUGGUACCGACCAUGAUCUAUAUACUAGUUGGAGGCAUUGUGUUAGUUGUUUUUGAAGCAGCCUCAGCCAUUACUUCAUUUGUACACAUCAGUAUACUGGAUUAUGAGUUUAAAGAAGGCAUUCACAAGGCCAUGAGUACCUACGUUGAAGGUGGCGAGAUGAAGAAGGAGAUGGACACUGUCCAGAGUGUCUACGCUUGCUGUGGAGACAAGAGUUACGUGGACUGGUUCCGGUAUCCAUGGAUACAUCCACAGACUCUAAGGACUGACGGAAUCAGCGUCAAAAAGUACCUUCAGAUAGAUGGCAAGUACUACAGUGACGACACCCCGUACAGUUGUUGUGACCCGAGGUCACCUCGCCCUUGUAUCCACCAUCACAUCCAUGACAACAAACGCCACCAGGGCUACAAUGUGAAUGUGGAGACCACGCUGUACGUGACCGGGUGCCGCACCGCCCUGAUGACCAUCUACGGCAGGGUGCUCCUAACAGUUGCUCUUAUUGCUACCAUCAUCGCCUGUAUGAAGUCCAGUGUACUUUUACUGUUUCGACUGCUGCAGACCAGUUUAUCUAAAGCUGACCAACUGGACAAUUGGGAGGCAACAACUAAUGGUUAUAUUUACAAAGAUGAUCCAGACGCAGACGUGGAGAUGAUCAAGGUCAUGGACACAGAUGAAGCAGACACAGAGGCGGAGAACAUCGCAGGAGAGGAAGCAGGAGAUACAGAGUCCGAUGACAUGACACCCCAAGAAGACGCCGCCGCCGCUGACGAGAAUGAGAAUCGGCGUUACACUAAAGCGGGGCGGCAUAGAGACAGAGGAGCGUCGCCUAAUGUACCUGGAAGGAAGCCUCCUUAUCGAAACAGGAACAUGUCUUUUAGUCCUGAGACUGGUUUUGAACCCGACCUGUCUAGGCGGAUAACAGACGAGCUUUGCCAGCGUUUUCUUUUUCCUGAAAAGCAAAAGUCAGAGGACGUCUUCUCCCAGGGAGCAGUAGACCAUUAUGUAGUGGACAAAAUUAGACAGCACAUGACGUCAAGAACGUCCCUGGCGACCAGUGGUCAAAUGUCAACGACUUCACUUCCGGUCAGUGCCCGGAGGUAUGGCUAUAAGUGUAGAUCUAAUAAUAACUGUUACCACCUUGUGCCCACAGAAGACUCAAGUAUCUUGACCUCGUCUGGGGACGAAAGGUCAGAGGAUCGUUCAGUGGAACUUUCCACCGUUACGUUUCACAGAGCAGCAGUCACCGACACCAAAACAGAAAGCUCUGGACAUCUGGACAACUGGUAUGAAAGAGAUGUGUCUGGAGAGAACUAUUUCCAGAGGUCAAGCACUGACCAACGCGACUGUUCCUCACAAGUUCCAGACAUUAAUUUCCAUGUUGAAAAUGAAGGGCUUCAAGGAGUUAGUAGAGGUGAAACACGGACUAACAAACUGUCAAAGGUCAAAGGUAAAGGAUGGUCAAGGUCAUCGUCAUCUUUGUCAAAUGGUUCAUCUUCUACAGAAACGUCUUCUUCUUCUAUAACGUCAACAUCUCUCUCCUCUACUACACCAUCGAGUUCUUCUUCCAAGACGUCCGUCAUUUCAUCUUCAUGGCAUUCAACGUGUGAAAAUGACGUCAUUUCGUCUAAUAUGAUGUCUAUCCAGAUGACAUCAGAUGAACAUUACGAAAUGACUUCCAGACACCCUGAUGUAUGUGAUGACGAUACUGGUGCAUGGGGACAUAAUUCAACAGCAAUAAAUCCUCAGGCUACGUACAGUUAUUGCCCUUUGACAGAAAUGAAUCAGAGCCAUUAUAAUCCUGGAUUCUCGUCCGAAAUGGAUUAUGGCUAUUACAACCAUGGAUAUUGGACAGGAUUGGAUCAUGCCAAUUACAAUGGUGGAUUGUCCUCAGAAAUGGAUUCUGAUAUUUACAAUCCAAUUUAUUUCGCGUCAAUGGAUGAAACAUGUGACCAUGAAAUAGUUGUUGAAGCUGAGAACAAUUCCAAUGGUGGACAUCUGACAGACACAAAUCAAGCUGAUUACAAUCAUGAACAUGUGACAACAUUCGGUCAAUGUUACUGCCAUCAUGAUUGCAUUUCAAAUUCUUUCAAUGAUACACUCAUUCAGGAAUGUGUUGAAAAUAUAGACAAGACUAGCAAUGAUUGGGAAAGACUUGUGGACGCAAAGAAAAUAUUAAAGGGAGACAAUUGUGUGAUAGAGCGCAAACAUGGAGAUAAAGAAAUCAGAUUUGUGAUGGACCAGCUACAUCAGACUGGUCAACAUCCUGUCCAUCAAGAGCAGGUGACCAGCACAGAGCGGCCACUACAUGGUCGACUUUUGUGUUUGUCUGAUAAAGCUUAUAAUAAGAAAGACUUUAACAGAGUGGACAAUAGUCAAUCAUCGGAAGUUGAUACUUUAGACCAAAGUUUAAAUGAUGACCAAAGGUUAGAUCAAAGUGUGGCCAGUAAAGGUAGCGUCCAGACAUCCAAAGACUUGGUAUUGAAAGUAUGCAGUGGCGUAGAAUCCUAUAACUAUGCUACUGAUCUGGAGGCACCCCACCACGUCUGGCAGAGUGUUCCCCAAGUCUCUAAUAAUGAAAACGAUUUUGGGAUUUCCACAGACAAAACAAACUUGGCCCAAAGGUCGGAGGUGCCCACAUUAAAGCAGCUGAUAGACAAUGCAGCAGUGACAUCCCAAAGGUCGGAGGUGCCCACAUUAAAGCAGCUGAUAGACAAUGCAGCAGUGACAUCCCAAAGGUCGGAGGUGCCCACAUUAAAGCAGCUGAUAGACAAUGCAGCAGUGACAUCCCAGAGUUCAGUUGUGUGUUACAAACAAAGGCAGAGAAAUCACAUCCGAUCUUACUGUAAACUUAACAACAUGACCCCUCUCCCUCUGAUCACGACCUCUUUAGUUUCUGCCCCUGGAAAGUCUGACUACAAAUCUAUUCGUCUGACUGGAACAGUUCUUUUUCCAAAAGUGAAGAAGACUGAAUCUCAUAAAGCUGCUUCACAAAGUGUACCUUUCAAAGAAACUCUACUCACUGACCAAUACCGUUCUUGUCGAUUAUACGAAGUGUCCACAGAUAGUACCGUGUACGAGAGUCAAGCAGUAUGCCUUGCAACUGACCAAGAAACUGCAGUACCUGACAAUGAAAUCAAUGUGUGGUCACGUGACCAGCUAGACUACAAAGCGACAUCUAUCACUUCCUGUAAGAAUUUAAAGCUAGAAAAUUCACCUGAACGUGUCCUGAUAUCACCAUUUAACUAGACAAAUGUCUUAGAGUUUCAAAGUGUUCUGCUAUCACCAUUUAACUAGACAAAUGUCUUAGAGUUUGAAAGUGUUCUGAUAUCACCAUUUAACUAGACAAAUGUCUUAGAGUUUCAAAGUGUUCUGCUAUCACCAUUUAACUAGACAAAUGUCUUAGAGUUUCAAAGUGUUCUGCUAUCACCAUUUAACUAGACAAAUGUCUUAGAGUUUCAAAGUGUUCUGCUAUCACCAUUUAACUAGACAAAUGUCUUAGAGUUUCAAAGUGUCCUGAUAUCACCAUUUAACUAGACAAAUGUCUUAGAGUUUCAAAGUGUUCUGAUAUCACCAUUUAACUAGACAAAUGUCUUAGAGUUUCAAAGUGUUAUGCUAUCACCAUUUAACUAGACAAAUGUCUUAGAGUUUCAAAGUGUUCUGCUAUCACCAUUUAACUAGACAAAUGUCUUAGAGUUUCAAAGUGUUUUCUAUAUGUUCAUCUACUUUAUGUUUUUAUACUCUUAUUGAUUUGUGAAGUGUUUAUCCAAUAGAAUGUAGAAACAUAGUUCUCGUUAUUGUGU